AUGCAUUGGCCCACAUUUCCAGACGUGCCAAUCUACCUUGAUACAGGUGACAAUCGUUUGGCAACCAAGAGUUACGGAACAACGCCAACGACACCUACGACACCAGAGAUCUCGCCGCAGGGCCGUCCAACAUACCUCAGUCCAGCUCAUAUCAAUGCGCCACCAAUCAGUCCGGCAGAGCCGAGCCCUACCACAACUAUCGAAACAUCUUCUGAUCAUCGUUCAGUGAUCUGGCCAAUCCCGGAACCGCCUCCAGAGGUCAAGAGGCAGCAACCUCGCCGUCCUCUGCUUCGGUUCUUUCCCACAGAUCGACCACGUGUUCGGCUUGAUGAUCCAUCACCCAAGGUUCCCCACGUAGUGCCAGACCUGGAGAAGCAGGAUCACUCUGACCGCAAGUCUCGCCUUGGCCUUGGCAUCAGCGACGGCCCGCCCAGGCCGCCCUCCAUCCGGAUCCAGCCACCACCGUUUGAUAGCGAGAAGGUGGAGCCGGCAUCGAACAUUGCACAGCGUAUCGAAGAAAAGCUCUGGAGCUACAACUCCUCAGGCAAUGUGAUUGAGCGAUGGCUUCUCGAAAUUGUCAGUUGGUUGAUCAGCGCUGUGUGCAUGGGCGCGAUCAUCGCCGUUUUGAUCGUUCUUAAAGACAAGCCCUCUUCUAAGUGGCCAUUCGACAGUAUCGGACUCACUCUCAACGCCUUUGUCUCAGUACUUUCACGUAUCGCUGGGGCAGCACUUCUCCUCCCAGUCGCCGAAGCGCUCGGACAACUCAAAUGGAGUUGGUUCAUAAGAGGUGAUUCGAAGAAGAUGUGGGACUUCGAGAUGUUUGAUAAUGCAUCACGAGGACCAUGGGGCGCCUUUCUUCUCCUCAUUCAUACGAAAGGCAAGACCAUCGCAGCUCUUGGUGCGCUUGUCACUAUCUUUGCCUUGGCACUAGAUCCCUUCUUCCAACAGGUUGUUAGUUUUCCGGAGCGCUGGACACCGCAGAAAACCAACAGUUCUAUCGCUCGGACUGUACGAUAUGAGCCUGAAUUUGGAGUCGAGUAUCAGAACGGGAUACCCAUCGUCCAGUUAGAUGCCGAUAUCUUGUCGGUCGCGGACCCAUUCUUCUUAGACAACGGGACGAAACCAAUGCCUUUCGGCAAUGCUAGUAGGGCCGAGGUACCUUUGUCAUGCCCUAGUAGCAACUGUACCUGGCCGAGUUACGAAACCCUUGGAAUGUGUACUCAAUGUGUGGAAGCGCCUCAGCUUCUUAACUUCACGUGCAUGUUUACACGGGUAGACUGGACUUCGACACUCAACGCCACAGAAUCUUCCUAUCCCAAUGCCACAGUAUGUGGAUAUUUCCUCAACUCUACUAGCGAGACACCGGUUCUUAUGUCUGGUUACAUACUUGGCGAAGACGGAAAAAGUAAAGGCGAGGCCUUGUUGAUGCGAACUCUGCCUUUGACGACCAAUUCCAUGCGAGAUCCUCUUUACGGGGACGGUUCCAUCAAUUUCAAGGACAUGCGUAACCCAAUCGUGGAUGCGUUGAUCUCCGGUGCUGCGAAUGGUUCUGAAGUUUAUGCCGACAAGAUGCCAACACUUCACGAAUGCGUGAUAUCUUGGUGUGUAAAGACCAUUCAUUCAUCAUACUAUUUGGGUACAUACGAAGAGGAGGUUACUCAUGUGUUUCUCAACGAGACCAAGGGUCCGUAUCCGUACGUGACCACUGAAAUACCGGAGGAGGACAUCGUCAUGACAGAUUACAUCGAAAACGUUACGAUAUCCGCACCACCAACGGCCCAAAACUUCUCGGAAUCUGGAUGGGGCGUAAGCAACGACACUCAUCUCUACUUACUCGCGAUCUUCGAUCGAAUCUUCCCCUCAUUCACAAGCGUGGCAAACACAUCUUCGGAGCCGCUUCUCCGAUGGAGGACCGGCCAUCCAACACAGAUCAGGACCAAGAUUCUUGACUUCAAUCCUUGGCUGUCGCCUAACAACAUAACGCGGCAUAUGGAAAGAAUGGCUACCACUAUCACUAAUGCGAUUCGGUCAUCGACCAGCAGUGAGUCAAUAUUGGGCCAAGCUUUCGACAACGAAAUCUAUGUGGAGGUUCGAUGGGCUUGGUUGUCGUUGCCACUUCUUUUGCUUUUCAUUAGCUGCGUGUUUCUUGUUUCCACAGUCGUCAAAAGUGCUACAGAGAAAGGCCAAGUUAGUAUCAGGAAGAACUCGGCGAUUGCUACAUUGCUUUAUGGACUUCCCGACCACUACCAGAAACGAUUAGCGAAAUCUGAUUCGAAAGAAUUUGAGAGUCAGAUUGUCAGCUACUACAGGAUGGAGAAGUUCAGGAAAUGUAUUUACGCCUCUCACUCCGAAGGCACCCCCGAAUCUGCCACCACCAGGGUGGAUCUAGGGCUAUCACCGCUUACAGCAGCUGCGAUCCGAAGGACUAUCAUUGUACAUGCCGCCGCAGUAUUACGGUCAGAAUACAAGGAAAUAUAA